AUGCGUGAAUAUAAGUUAGUCGUUCUUGGCUCAGGAGGUGUUGGAAAGUCUGCACUGACUGUACAGUUUGUUCAAGGAAUUUUUGUUGAAAAAUAUGAUCCUACGAUAGAAGAUUCUUACAGAAAGCAAGUUGAAGUAGAUGCACAACAAUGUAUGCUUGAAAUCUUGGAUACUGCAGGAACGGAACAAUUUACAGCAAUGAGGGAUUUGUACAUGAAAAAUGGGCAAGGAUUUGCAUUAGUUUAUUCCAUCAUGGCACAGUCCACUUUUAAUGAUUUGCAAGACUUGAGAGAACAGAUUCUUCGAGUUAAGGACACUGAUGAUGUUCCAAUGAUUCUGGUUGGUAAUAAGUGUGACUUAGAAGAUGAAAGAGUUACAGGAAAGGAGCAAGGUCAAAAUCUAGCAGGACAGUGGAACAACUGUGCAUUCUUAGAAUCUUCUGCAAAGUCAAAAAUAAAUGUUAAUGAGAUCUUUUAUGACCUGGUGCGGCAAAUUAACCGAAAAACUCCUGUGCCUGGGAAGGCUCGCAAAAAGUCAUCAUGUCAGCUGCUUUAA